UGUGCCUUAAUACUACUUGCACGCAGUACGAUCGUUUCCCCCGCGCACCGCCUCGACGACACGUCUAGCUACCUCGGUAUAAUAGCAGAACCGCGCCAUCCACCACCUACUCAUACUCAGCGUUGCGCAAACUCGAAGCCCCGGUGGCUACGCUAUCAUUUGGUAGAAACGAAGAGGAGGACAUCUAGCUGGUUGCGCUUGAGACGGAACCGUACCUCUCCCCGAACCGUGGAGUGGUAGAAGAGACAGUCAGCUGAGGCUUGACGACACCAUACUGCCGGGUAACCAGUGAAAGAACACUCGCUCGUCAUGUCUCUGAAGCAGGAAAUCGAGACCUGGGUGGCAGCCCUCGCUAGCUAUGACAGCAACGAGUUCGACGAGGCAUUGAAGACGUUCGACGGCAUUGCGGAUACGUCCAAGAUCCUGUUCAAUUGCGGCGUAAUCCAUGCGACGCUGGGCGAACAUGAGAAGGCAGUCGAUUGCUACCAGCGCGCCGUGGGCCUGGACCGCUAUCUCGCCGUCGCCUACUUCCAGCAGGGCGUGUCAAACUUCCUAAUGGGAGACUUCGAGGAAGCCCUCGCCAACUUCAACGACACGCUCCUGUAUUUGCGCGGCAACAACAACAUCGAUUACGAACAGCUGGGCCUAAAGUUUAAAUUGUAUUCAUGCGAAGUCCUCUUCAACCGCGGUCUCUGCUACAUCUAUCUUCAGCAGAGGGACGCUGGCCUGCAGGACCUGUCAUUCGCAGCCAAAGAGAAGGUUGUCCCAGACCACGACGUGAUCGAUGAGGCCAUCAGGGAGGAAGCAGAGGGUUACACUGUUUUCUCCAUUCCAGUCGGCAUUGUCUACCGUCCUAAUGACGCCAAGGUCAAGAACCUAAAGACGAAAGACUACCUCGGGAAGGCUCGUCUAGUCGCCGCGUCAGACCGAUCAAAUGCCUUCACUGGAUUUGCUGGCUCUGAGAUCAAGAAGGGAGGCCAGCAAGCAAAGGACGACAGACCGGAAGAGAAGCUUUCCUUCGCCGCCACAAACCUCGUCAAGCCAGAGCUCCAGAGCAGAUCACGCCAACAAUCAGAGCCGCCCAUGAACCGCAAUAUGUUCCCUCCCACACCACCACCGGAGGCAGAUCGGAGAUCUGGUGGCAGUGGAGGUAACGGCGAUGGUCCCAUGACCCGUGCCCAAUCUGUACGCGGUGGUGGCCCCAAGCCUCAACCGCUGAACCUCGGAAGAGCUGCGUUUGACCAGCAAAGCAAUAGUGAGCCUCGUCGCCAGGGCACACAACGCUCUGCUUCUGAACGGCCUCCGCCAACCCGUGCCGAAUCCAUGCGCAGCCGUCCGCGUGAAUACAGGCGUCGUCGUGGAUCAGAUGACGAUAUCAUCGACGAGUAUUAUGACAACGACGACGGGUAUCAGAACUCGCGUAGUAGUCGUGGUGCAUACCCUCGCUCAAAGCAAGGGCGGCGACCUGCAUACAUUGAGGAGGAAGAUGAGGAAGACUACGACGGCAGCGAUCUUGACGACGCAGAGUUCGAAAUGUUGUCGCGUACCAAAACUCGGAGACGAUCACCAGCACGCUCUACCAAAUCGAGUGUCAGCAACCGCGGAGUUGGCAGCAAGAUUAGAGUCAAGGUCCACGCUGGUGACACACGCUAUGUCUUCAUCAACCAGGAUCAAACAAUACGCGAAUUCUGGCAGUCGAUCCGCGAGAAGUUCGGCGUAAGAAACAACUUCAAGGUUGAGAUCAAGGACGAUGGCGAUAUGAUUACCAUGGCGGAUCAAGACGAUCUGGAUAUGGCUAUUCAGACAGCAAAGGGCACUGCGAGGAAGGAAGGCAGCGACAUGGCAAAGAUGGAGGUUUGGGUUAAAGAAGUAUAGACUAGAGAUACCCCAGCGUCACGCAACUCUUACGACAUUUACCAUACACAUUUGAAUUUUUAGUUUCCUUUUCUCACCAAACUCCACUGCUGGUGGUUGCAUCGAUGCAUAUUCUGUUAGCCCACGCAUCUUGUAAUGUUAGC